GUGUAUCUUUGGGUGCGCGGGGAGCUUGUGGUGGCUUUUUCAGUGAGCGCGCGAUCGGCGUACGGUAAACAACAACUGCUGCCAACGCAACGUGAAAAAUGAACUGCGGCAAAGAAAAUUUCGAAACGUAAACCUGGAGCGCCCCUCUGUGCACACGAAAAUAUAUCUGCGAGAUGCGCGAAUGUGAAUCUUGAUGCAUUGCAAAAAUUUUGAAUUUAAAUAAUUACGCAAGGCGGGGCACACGUGAGUGCGGUCGUGAAAUGAAAUGAAAUGAAAAGUGGGCGAAGCGAAAGUGGAAAUUGACGUCAAUUUUCCUGUGAUCACUGUGAUGGUGAUGAGUAACCAAUUAUAAACAAGUGAAAGACGACAAAUAGAUAAGGCUAUCAGCAAUCUUUCGGUUCGGUAUCGUUCAUCCGCAGUUCCGCACACUCAUAAUUGUUAAUUGGAAGGAAGCCAACUGAGACACCACUAGAGCAGCGAAAGGUUAGAAAACCCAAGGGACCAGAAAGCGAUUCCCUGACAUGCGAGCCAGAGUUUGAAAUCCGUGACGACAAUCAUUGCAUCAUCGCGAUUAGAAGGCAUUAUUGGGAGUAGCCAAGCAAGAUGAGUGCCGCCGGCUGGCUUGAUAUGAAUGCAGCUCUUCAGAACCUUGACUCUCCGCCGGAGUCAGUGAAAAAGGUGAAAACCAAACGGAGGAGCAGCUAUGCCGGACGAAGCUCGUCAACGGCCGGAGUACAUGGACGUGGCAGCAUUGGUACCAUAAGUUCUGGAAUAAUCAAGUCAUUCCGGGAGCGAUUCCUCAGCAGCUCAUCUGGGGACUCCGGCAAGUAUAGGAAACUUAGGCAAAGGGAUGCCGAAUCUGGCAGGAUGGCCAGUGCAUCCAGUUCAUCGGGAGAAGAUGAGGACCCCAGCAGCAGUAGUAGUGUCGAGGAUCUCUUUGCCAACGAGGCAGAACGUCGCAAUUGGCACAGGAAAACAUCGGAGAAGCGACGAAGGAAUGCCAGAAAAAAGAAUCUAAUGCAUACCAAGGAGAAAAAGCGCCGGGUGCGGAUCAUCCUGACUGUUGUGACCACGGUCAUAGCGCUUGCUCUGUUGGCCACGGCCCUGGUUUUCAUUCUCCGGACGGACGAAAAGGAUGCCGACGACUCCGACCCAGACUCAAACAAUGCCAUCAAUCUGGAGGAUGUGCUGAAUGGUCAACUAUAUGCCAAGCGAUUCAACGGCAGCUGGAGCAAUGGAAACAGUCUCAUUUACAAGGAGAAUUCGUCCAUCAUGGAGUUCGAUGCCAAGACGGGUGAACAUUCCAUCCUGCUGGAAAAUGCGCACUUUUAUGUCCUGUACGAAAAGUCCGCCGAUGGGGAGUUCCUUUUGCUGGCAAAGAACUACAAGAAGAACUUCCGGUACAGCUUCCUAGCGGAGUACGAUCUGUACAAUCUGAACACAAAAACAUUGACCACGUUAAACAUCCAAAAUGAGCAGCGCUACCUGAGCAUGGUCCAAUGGUCACCGGUGGGGAAUGCCCUUGUGAUCAAUUACGAUCGGAAUCUGUACUACAAGGAGAGUGCUUUGGCGCAGGAGAUUGCCAUCACUAGCGAUGAACAAGCGGGUAUACUGAAUGGCAUUCCCGAUUGGGUGUACGAGGAGGAGGUAUUCAGCUCCAAUGUGGCCACCUGGUUCAAUCCCUCGGGCACCCAAUUGGCCUUCAUCAAGUUCGACGAUUCGUCCACUCACCUGAUCAAUUUCCCCUACUACGGAGAUGCCGGAGAUUUGCGCUAUCAGUAUCCACUGCAUCAGGUUAUUGCCUAUCCGAAGGCUGGAUCCUCGAAUCCGCGGGUGGAACUGGUGAUGGUCGAUCUAAAGAGAGCCGUUGCCGGUGGAGAUUUCGUGACCGUGAUGCCGGUUCCGCCGGCCCUCAACACGGAAACGGACUACAUCGUCACCGUGGUCAGUUGGGUGGACGAUGACAACGUUCUGUCCAUCUGGAUGAACCGCAUCCAAAAUGCCGCCUAUGUCGUCACCUUCGACGGACUCAACAGGAAAGUGAUUUAUAGUGCAAUAUCGGAGACUGGUUGGGUUGAUCUCUAUACCGCUCCGUUCCGUAACCGCAAUGGAUCCCGUCUGGCCUUCGUCCUGCCGCACAACAAAUAUAAGCACGUCCAGCUCCUGAGCUCCACGGUGGCCAGUGCCGAGCCACAAGCUCUGGAGCCCCUGACCGAGGGCAAGUAUGUGGUGGACAGCAUCCUCCACUGGGACGGAAAGACCGACAUCAUCUUCUACACGGCCAACACAGAGGAUCAUCCCGAGCAGCUGCAUCUGUACGCCAUUCGGGCACUGGCCAAGCAGAGUCCCAAGUGCCUCACGUGCAAUCUUAUCAAGUCCGGGGAUGUGCAACAGAACUACUUCUCGGCCACGUUCAAUGACAAUAACCACAUUGUGAUCACCUCUCAGGGACCUGGAAUUCCCACAACCCAUAUAUACGAGUGGAAAUAUGAGAACUCUCAAGUUGUCAUCUCUAAAGUCCUCGACUGGGAAACCAAUGAAAGCCUGCGUGCCAAGCUGAAGGGCGUGGCUCUGCCUUCCCACAAAAUCCUAACCGUAGACAUUGACGGCGGCUUCCAGGCAAAGGUGCUCCUCCAGCUGCCUCCCAACUUGGACACAAGUGGCGCAACCAAGUAUCCCAUGCUUGUGGAUGUCUAUGGUGGCCCAGAUUCCUAUUCUGUUACCAACAAAUGGAUGGUGGACUGGGGCACAUAUUUGAGCUCCAAUCAGUCUGUGAUCUAUGCCAAGAUCGAUGGUCGUGGCUCCGGACUCCGUGGAGAGAGUCUACUCCAUGCCAUCUACUUAAAGUUGGGCACCGUGGAGAUCAGCGAUCAGAUCAACGUAACUCAAAAACUCUCCCAGCUGUUCAACUACAUUGAUCCCGAUCACGUUGGCAUUUGGGGCUGGUCAUAUGGUGGCUACGCAGCUGCCAUGGCUCUGGCCAAUGAUGAAGCCAAGGUGUUCAAGUGUGCAGCCUCGAUAGCUCCAGUCACGGAUUGGGCUUACUAUGACUCCAUUUACACAGAGCGCUAUAUGGGUCUUCCCAACACGAAUGAGCUGGGCUAUGCCAACUCUAGACUGAGCACAAUGGCCGUGAAGCUGAGGGGAAAGAAGUACCUCCUGGUACAUGGCACACUGGAUGAUAAUGUGCACUACCAGCAGGCCAUGAUAUUGGCCAAGAAUCUGGAGCGUCAAGAUAUUCUCUUCAAGCAGAUUAGCUACGCUGACGAGGAUCAUGGACUGUCCAAUGUGCGACCCCAUUUGUAUCAUUCAUUAGAUCGCUUCUUUGGCGAAUGUUUUGCCAGCAGUCGCCUAAUGAAAAGUGCCAAAUAAUCAGGGCAAUAAUUGUGCAACAUAACAUAAACAUUGAUAAAAGAAAAAACACUGACAUAAUAGACAUUAUAGUUAUAAUUGCCAGAUAAUAUCUAAUGAUUAGCUAUGUUCUGCGAUCAUUUUUCAGCUGCUACUAGAGAAGUGAGAAACAAAAAUUGGUACUUAAAAAUUGAAUAGAUUUGCAAAAGUGAACGAGAACUUUAAACAACUAAUUAAUCAAAGAACUUAAACUGAUGCAAAGUUCAAAAUGCUUAAAACAGAAAAGUUAAACAAAAACUAUAAACCAACAUUAUGCAGGUCCAAAAGUGUUAUAAGAUAACUUGGAACAAUAAUCUUUUCAAAUUGCAUUUUAAGACAUUUUUAUCUUAAAGAGAACAGGAGAAAUCAAACAAAAAAUUAUUUAAAAUAGCUGCAAUUAAAGAAAAACAUUGUCUAGCUAGUGCCUGAUUACAUGCUAAUGAAAUUAAACAUUUUUGUAGAUAUUGCAAUUCAAUUACAAAUUACAAAUUGUGUAUUCAAAAACCUCCAAGCGCCCCAAUUAAAGCUUUCCAAUCGUAGGACAGACAUUUUAAAUGGUAACCGCAACGUGUAAAUUAAAUAUAAAGAAAACGCAAGGUAGUACGUAAUUUUUGUAGCUUUUUAGUUUGCUACUUGUAAAAAAAAGUAAUAAAAAUUGUAAAUAGUUAAAAGAGAUAGCUGUUAAAUGGCUUUUUGUAUAUUAGAAAACAACAUUGUGUAUAGGCAACCGUUACAAAGGCAACAAACAAUAAAUAGAUAAAACAAUACAAA